CAAACUUGAGCGGCUUAGCUGCAGAAAACUGAAACGAUUUUCUAAAACCCUAGUUGCUUCUCACUAGAGAGAGACAGAGAGAGAAGCGCAACUUUACUUUACCUCUUUUGAUCUCGUUUAUCAGAAAAACCCUAGUUUCGGAGAUACCCAUUUCUACGAUCCUGGCUCUGGUCAAUCUGCACGCUUUUUUCCCGGUAAAAAAUGGCGGGUCUUGUGGACCGUCUUGUCUCCAUUUCUGGGUCUGUCUCCACGAGCUCCACGAAGGAGCGGGCCCGGAUCUUCCGCAGUGAAAUUCCGGCGAUCAUCGAGAAUUCCGAUAUGAGCUCUGAUACUGCGCCAGUUCUGGUUGAUACAAUAUUUCAAACGUUGGUUAUAUAUGACGAUCGGGGUUCAAGGAAAGCCGUGGAUGAUAUGAUUGUAAAGGCAUUGGGAAGUGUUACAUUUAUGAAAACAUUUGCUGCAACACUUGUACAAGCUGUGGAAAAACAGAUAAAGUUUGGAUCGGACACUGGCUGUUACAGACUGCUAGUUUGGUCGUGUCUUCUUCUGGAAAAAAGUCAGUUUCCCACAGUUUCAAAGAAUGCGUUGGUUAGAGUGGCGUCAGCUCAGGCUGCACUACUUCACAUUAUUAUGCAGAGAUCUUUCUGCCAGAGAAGGGCAUGUAGAAGAAUUAUUUUCCAUUUGUUUUCUCAGUCACAAGAUAUAUACAAAACAUAUGUGGAAGAAAUCAAAGAUUCACGGAUUCCAUACAAGGAUGCUCCUGAAUUGUUAGGACUAUUGCUCGAGUUCUCUUGUUUAUCUCCUGUUUUAUUUGAACAGUCCAAGGCAACGUUUCUUGAUACUUAUGUCAAAGCAGUUCUGAAUUCUAGAGAGAAGCAAAAAAAGCAGCUUAGCGAGUGUUUUCAGCCGCUUCUCAUGCGGCUGACCCAUGAAGAGUUCCAAACUAUAGUCCUUCCAGCCGCAGUGAAAAUGUUGAAACGCAAUCCAGAAAUUGUUUUGGAAUCUAUUGGGGUUCUUUUAGCGAAUGUGAACAUUGAUCUGAGUAAGUAUGCCUUGGAAGUGCUACCAGUAAUACUAUCGCAAGCUCGACAUAUGGAUGAAGAUAGGCGUUUCGGGGCAUUGUCGAUGGUUAGGUCUGUAAGUGAAAAGUCAAGUAAUCCUGAUACUUUGGAAGCAAUGUUUGCUGCUGUUAAAUCUGUGAUUGGAGGUUCCGAAGGAAGACUUCAAUUGCCAUAUCAAAGGAUAGGAAUGAUGAAGGCUAUGCAAGAGCUGGCCAAUGCUCCCGAUGGCAAACAUCUUGGUAGUUUGUCGAGAAUUGUUUGCAGCUUUCUCAUAUCCUGUUACAAGGAUGAAGGAAACGAAGAUGUAAAACUUGCAAUUUUGUCAGCCAUAGCUUCCUGGGCAUCACGUUCUUCUGAGGCGAUCCAACCAGAUUUAAUUUCUUUCAUUUCUUCGGGCCUUAAGGAGAAGGAGGCUCUUAGGAGGGGGCAUCUUCGAUGUCUACGUAUCAUAUGUAGAAAUUCUGAUACCAUUUCACAGAUAUCAGAUUUGCUUGGCCCUCUCGUUCAACUAGUGAAAACGGGAUUUACGAAGGCAGUACAACGCUUAGAUGGAAUAUAUGCUUUGCUUAUUGUUUCGAAGAUUGCAGCUUGUGACAUCAAAGCAGAGGAUACUAUAGUGAAGGAGAAACUGUGGACUUUUAUAUCACAAAACGAGCCUGCCCUUGUGCAAAUUCCUUUGACCUCGAAACUAUCAAGCGAUGAUUGUGUGGUGUGUGUUGAACUUCUUGAGGUGCUUCUGGUGGAACAUUCACGCAGAGUUUUGGAAGCGUUUGCAGUGAAAUCACUUUCACAGUUGCUUCUCUUUCUAAUAUGCCAUCCAAGCUGGAUUGUCCGUCAAAGAGCUUACAGUUCCAUCAAGAAGAUCCUUGCUUCAACUUCAGAGUUUGCUGAAGCCCUUCUGAUCGAAUACUUGGAUUUUCUUUCUGUAGUUGGAGAUCGAGUUACUUCUAGAUCAAGUGACACAGAUAACUCUGUGGAACCACAAGCUUCAUUUGUCCCGUCAGUGGAGGUUUUAGUAAAGGCUUUGCUAGCAAUUUCAUCAGCAGCAGUCGCUGCAAGUCCAAGAACAUGGAUUGCUCGUGUCAUAAUCUGUUCACAUCAUCCAUGCAUAGUUGGCACUGGGAAAAGAGAUGCAGUUUGGAGGAGGUUGCAAAAGUGUCUCAGAACUCUUGGUUGUGAUGUUGCUGCCAUUUUACCUUCCAAUGUAGAGACUGUUUGCCAGAGUCUGCUUGGACCAAUGGGUUUAAUGAGUUCGAAAGGAUUUGAGCAGCAAGCUGCAGUGUAUUCAUUGUCCACCUUGAUGACUCUGGCACCAGAGGAUACAUAUGCUUUGUUUAAGACGCAUCUGCAAGAACUUCCAGAUCGUCUCUCUCAUGACAUGCUUACAAUGACUGACAUUAAGAUUUUCAAUACCCCUGAAGGAAUGCUUUUAAGCGAGCAAGGCAUUUAUGUCGCAGAGAUGAUUGGUGCCAAGAACAUAAAGCAGGAGCCGAGCUCAAAUCAUUCUUUGAAGAAAGGAUUGGCUGGUAGAGAAGCUGCAAAUUCAGGGAAAAGGGAAGCUGGGAAGUCAAUAAAGAAAGCUGACAAAGGAAAGACAGCAAAAGAAGAGGCACGUGAAUUGAUGCUCAAAGAAGAGGCCUCUACCCGGGAAAAAGUUCGCGUUAUACAAAAGAAUCUUUCUUUGGUGCUUUAUGCUCUUGGGGAAAUGGCCCUUGCGAAUCCUGUAUUUGCUCAUAGUCAGUUGCCUUCCUUGGCUAGUUUUGUGGAUCCUUUGCUUCGAUCACCUAUUGUAAAUGCUGCAGCCUUUGAGAACUUGGUGAAGCUGGCAAGGUGUACAGUUCAGCCACUAUGUAACUGGGCCUUUGACGUUGCAACUGCUUUACGAUUGAUUGCGGUCGAUGAAGCCCAUCUUCUAUCUGAUUUACUGCCAUCAGACCACAGUGAUGCGACUGGGAAUGCAUCUAUGGGUCUUUUUGAAAGGAUUGUUAAUGGAUUAUCCAUAUCUUGUAAAUCAGGACCACUUCCUGUAGAUUCAUUCACUUUCAUUUUCCCGAUACUGGAGAGAAUUCUGCUAUCACCGAAACGAACAGCACUACAUAAUGGUGUGCUUCAAAUUCUAUACAUGCACAUGGAUCCACUACUACCCCUUCCUAGGCUCCGGAUGAUAUCAGUUCUUUACCAUGUUCUUGGUGUUGUUCCUGCAUAUCAAGCAUCGAUUGGACCGGCACUGAAUGAAUUGUGUCUUGGUUUGCAAGUGGACGAUGUUGCUCAUGCACUUUAUGGGGUAUAUGCAAAAGAUGUUCAUGUCAGAAUGUCCUGCAUAAAUGCUGUUAAGUGUAUUCCAGCUGUUUCUAGGUGCUCACUCCCUCAGAGUGUUGAUAUUGCAACAAACAUUUGGAUUGCUUUACAUGAUCCUGAAAAGUCAGUAGCAGAAGCUGCAGAGGAUGUAUGGGCUAACUAUGGAUAUGAUAUGGGGACUGACUAUUCAGGAAUCUUCAAAGCGCUUUCUCAUAUUAAUCUUAAUGUGCGUUUGGCUGCCGCAGAAGCAUUGGCUGCUGCUUUGGAUGAGAACCCAACAACGAUUCAAGUAUCUCUGUCGACCCUAUUUUCGUUGUACAUCCGUGAUGCUGCUUCUGGUGAGGUUGGUGUAGAUGCUGGUUGGAUAGGCAGGCAGGGGAUAGCCUUAGCAUUGCAAUCUGCGGCUGAUGUGUUAACGACAAAGGAUCUUCCUGCUGUUAUGACUUUUCUGAUAUCACGUGCUCUGGCUGAUCCUAACGCAGAUGUUCGGGGAAGAAUGAUAAAUGCUGGUAUCAUGAUUAUUGACAAGCAUGGAAAGGAAAAUGUUUCAUUGUUAUUCCCUAUCUUUGAGAACUAUUUGAAUAGAAAGGCAUCAGAUGAAGAAAAAUACGAUCUGGUCCGUGAGGGUGUUGUUAUCUUUACUGGUGCACUAGCAAAACACUUGGCAAAAGAUGACCCUAAAGUCCAUACUGUGGUGGAAAAGUUGUUGGAUGUGUUGAACACACCUUCAGAAGCUGUACAGCGUGCAGUCUCAACAUGCCUUUCUCCACUAGUGACAUCCAAACAAGAGGAUGCCCUUGCACUUGUUUCUAGGCUCAUGGAUCAACUAAUGAAGAGUGAUAAAUACGGUGAGCGUAGAGGGGCAGCUUUUGGACUUGCAGGAGUAGUUAUGGGUUUUGGAAUUGGUAGUUUGAAGAAGUAUGGUAUUGCAGCCACUCUGCAGGAAGCUCUGACAGACAGAAAUUCUGCGAAAUGUCGUGAAGGAGCUGUACUUGCGUUUGAAUGCCUCUGUGAGAAGCUGGGAAAAUUGUUUGAACCGUAUGUGAUCAAAAUGUUACCGUUACUUCUGGUAUCAUUCUCUGAUCAAGUCGGAGCAGUUCGUGAGGCAGCAGAAUGUGCUGCUCGUGCUAUGAUGUCUCAGCUUACUGCAUAUGGUGUGAAGCUCGUCCUGCCAUCUCUGCUUAAGGGACUCGAAGAUAAGGCUUGGAGAACUAAGCAAAGCAGUGUUCUGCUUCUUGGUGCUAUGGCAUACUGUGCUCCCCAGCAAUUGUCUCAAUGUCUUCCAAAAAUUGUGCCAAAACUUACAGAGGUUUUAACAGAUACACAUCCAAAAGUCCAAUCGGCGGGGCAGACGGCACUUCAGCAGGUUGGAGGUGUCAUAAAGAAUCCAGAAAUUUCUUCUCUUGUUCCCACUCUUCUUAUGGCCUUAACAGAUCCCAAUGAGUACACGCGUCAUUCUCUUGACAUCCUUCUGCAGACAACUUUUGUUAAUACUGUCGAUGCCCCUUCACUUGCUCUGUUGGUGCCGAUAGUGCAUAGAGGAUUGAGAGAAAGGAGUUCUGAAACUAAAAAGAAAGCUGCUCAAAUAGUUGGUAACAUGUGUUCUUUAGUGACCGAGGCAACGGAUAUGAUUCCUUACAUAGGAUUGCUCCUUCCAGAAGUUAAAAAGGUUCUCGUGGAUCCAAUCCCCGAGGUACGUUCUGUUGCAGCAAGGGCAGUUGGAUCACUUAUCAGAGGGAUGGGAGAGGAGAAUUUCCCAGAUCUUGUUCCGUGGUUAUUUGAAACCCUCAAAUCUGAUACUAGCAAUGUUGAAAGGUCUGGAGCUGCACAGGGAUUAAGUGAGGUCUUAGCUGCUCUUGGAACAGAGUACUUUGAGGAUGUACUUCCUGAUAUCAUCCGGCAUUGUUCUCAUCAGAAAGCGUCUGUCCGUGAUGGAUACCUGACACUCUUCAAGUACUUGCCGAGGUCGUUGGGUGCUCAAUUUCAGAAUUACUUGCAGCAAGUAUUACCGGCAAUUCUGGAUGGUCUUGCUGAUGAGAAUGAAUCUGUCCGUGAUGCGGCUCUGGGGGCUGGCCAUGUGCUGGUGGAGCACCAUGCAACGACGUCUCUGCCUCUUCUUCUUCCAGCCGUGGAGGAUGGUAUUUUCAAUGACAAUUGGCGAAUUCGUCAAAGUUCUGUGGAACUGCUUGGAGAUCUAUUGUUCAAGGUUGCUGGUACAUCCGGUAAAGCUUUGCUUGAGGGUGGAAGUGAUGAUGAAGGUGCAAGCACUGAAGCCCAUGGUCGUGCAAUUAUUGAUGUUUUAGGAAUGGGCAAGCGCAAUGAAGUCCUUGCUGCAUUAUAUAUGGUUCGGACUGACGUUAGUCUGUCUGUGCGCCAGGCUGCACUGCAUGUGUGGAAAACCAUUGUAGCAAAUACACCAAAGACGUUGAAGGAAAUAAUGCCAGUUUUGAUGAAUACCUUAAUUUCGUCCCUUGCAUCACCAUCCUCUGAGAGGCGACAGGUUGCAGGAAGAGCACUUGGAGAGCUGGUCAGGAAGCUUGGUGAAAGGGUGCUUCCUCUUAUCAUUCCAAUUUUGUCUCAAGGACUGAAGGAUCCUGAUGCUAGCAGAAGACAAGGUGUGUGCAUUGGACUGAAUGAAGUUAUGGCGAGUGCUGGUAAGAGUCAGUUGCUAAGUUUCAUGGAUGAGCUCAUUCCUACCAUUCGGACAGCACUUUGUGAUAGUGUAAUUGAUGUUCGCGAGUCUGCUGGAUUAGCGUUCAGUACUCUUUACAAAAGUGCUGGAAUGCAAGCUAUUGAUGAGAUCAUCCCAACUCUUCUGCAUGCAUUAGAGGAUGAUGAAACAUCUGAUACCGCUCUGGAUGGACUCAAGCAAAUCAUAAGUGUCAGGACUUCUGCUGUUCUUCCCCAUAUACUGCCCAAGCUUGUCCAUCUUCCUCUCUCUGCCUUCAAUGCGCAUGCUUUGGGAGCAUUAGCAGAAGUUGCAGGCCCUGGUCUUAGCAAUCAUCUUGGAACUGUACUUCCUGCUUUGCUUUCGGCAAUGGGAGGUGAAGACAAGGAGGUUCAAGGAUUGGCAAAAGAGGCAGCAGAAAUGGUGGUGCUUGUCAUUGACGAAGAAGGCGUUGAGAUUUUAUUUUCUGAACUUCUCAAAGGAAUUUCUGAUAGUCAGGCUCCAAUAAGAAGAAGUUCAUCCUAUCUAAUUGGUUACUUCUUCAAAAACAGCAAGCUUUAUUUGGUUGAUGAAGCUCCAAAUAUGAUAUCCACCUUGAUUGUCAUGCUCAGUGAUUCAGAUUCAGCUACCGUUGCGGUUUCUUGGGAGGCUUUAUCAAGGGUCGUUAGUUCAGUUCCAAAGGAAGUACUUCCUUCAUAUAUAAAACUUGUGCGUGAUGCUGUAUCCACAGCCAGAGAUAAAGAACGCAGGAAAAAGAAGGGAGGACAGGUUGUUAUUCCUGGUCUCAGCCUUCCAAAAGCUCUUCAACCUUUGCUUCCAGUAUUUCUACAGGGUCUUAUUAGUGGAUCUGCUGAAUUGAGAGAGCAAGCUGCUAUUGGUCUUGGUGAGCUUAUUGAAGUGACCAGCGAGCAAGCAUUGAAAGCGUUUGUCAUACCGAUAACAGGGCCUCUUAUCCGAAUCAUAGGAGAUCGCUUCCCAUGGCAGGUCAAGAGCGCUAUAUUAUCAACACUUACGAUCCUAAUAGAGAAGGGUGGGUUGGCCCUUAAACCAUUCCUUCCUCAACUUCAGACAACAUUCGUCAAAUGUCUGCAAGACUCUACAAGGACCAUCCGCUCCAGCGCUGCCCUUGCCCUUGGCAAGCUCAGUGCAUUAAGCCCCAGGGUUGAUCCCUUAGUCGGAGACCUAAUUACGAGUUUCCAGGUUGCAGAUUCUGGGGUACGAGAUGCUAUCUUAACUGCUUUAAGAGGCGUAAUAAAGCAUGCCGGAAAGAGCGUUAGUCCUGCUGUCAGAACACGUGUCUUUGAUCUCCUAAGAAAUUUGAUUCACCAUGAUGAUGACCAAGUUCGCAUUUCUGCUGCAAAUAUGCUGGGUGUUUUAUCACAGUAUUUGGAAGCUGCGCAAUUGAGUCAUUUGCUUGAGGAAUUAAAAGAGUUAUCUACUUCACAAAACUGGGGAGCUCGGCACGGGUCAUUACUCGUUAUUUCGUCCUUACUGAAGCACAACCCUUCGACCAUCUUCACGUCUUCAGUCUUUUCCUCCAUGCUAUAUUCUCUCAAGAACUCUGUAAAAGACGAGAAGUUCCCAUUACGUGAAACCUCAACCAAGGCUUUGGGAAGACUUCUGCUGCAUCAGGUCAAGACGGAUCCUUCCAACGGAAAAGUAGUAGUGGAAGUCCUCUCAUCGAUAGUCUCGGCUUUGCAUGAUGACUCCAGUGAAGUCCGAAGAAGAGCAUUGUCUUCGCUUAAAGCUUUUGCAAAAGCUUCCCCCGCAGCAACAACUGCAAAUGUGGGUGUUAUCGGGCCUCCUCUUGCCGAAUGUUUGAAGGAUGGAAGCACUCCUGUAAGACUUUCUGCUGAAAGAUGUGCUGUGCAUGUGUUCCAAUUAACUAAAGGCACAGAUAAUGUUCAAGCUGCUCAGAAGUAUAUCACUGGCUUGGAUGCUCGACGGCUAGCCAAGUUACCUGAACACAGCGAUGAUAGCGAUGACAGUGAAGGCGAGAACGGAAGUGGAUGAGGAACUAAUGUUGUUUCCGUACAAGAGAAGCCUGUAUCGGGUUUAAUCUCGUCGCAAGUGAGCUCUCCGCCAUAGCUCUCUCAUUCCUCGUUCUCAUUGCAGCAGUACACGGGGGUUUGAAAGAGCACAUAUAUGCAUUUACCUGGUUUUGAUUUUUACAAGGACUCUCUCGCUCUCUUUUUUUUCCGGCGUCUCCCCAAGAAAGAUUUGAACAUUGAGAAGCAAUUUUCGUUUGGUUACAUGUAUUAUUGACAAUUCAAGUCCCGGUUUUGGUAGAUGAUUCCUCCCUCAUGUUGAGCAAGUGUUGUGUUAUUCUAAAGGUGAAACUACAUUCCCUUUCACUUUUGAUUUGGGUAUUAUGAUAUUCAAUAAUGGAUUUUUUUUUUCUCUGUCUGCAACUGUUUAUUGAUGUUAAUGGAUUGUCGCUAAAGUAUA